GUCCCUCGUCACUUUCCGUUGUUGUUUUGCGAUAGCAUCGAGUUGUGGACGUGCUAGUUGACAGGUUAAUAUUAACAGAAGAAGAAUACAAGCAAUAAUGUCGAGUAGUAUUCUGUGUGGUCGAGGCCGGUGGGUCCUAUCGAAGGCCGCUGGCCAUCAAGCAUUCCCUGCUCUCCGAGUCGGAAGAACCAGAACCUUCUCUGCUGCAAGCUCAGACGAGCCUUACACAGCUGUAUCCCCCACAGACUCAGGUCCCAGGACUGUGUGGCCUGAUGAGAACAUGGGACCAUUUGGACCUCAGGACCAGCGCUUUCAGUUGCCAGGUAACGCAGGCUUUGACUGCCACCUAGAGGGCAUGGGAAACCAGAAGAGGACACCAGUGCAAAGGACAGUACCCGAUGUACUGACGGCCCCAAGCAGCAUAGAGAGACACCAGUUCAUACUGGCCCAGUUUGUUAAUGAGUUCCAGGGUACCCUGGGUACUAUAGACAUGCGAGUUCACAAAGCCGAGCAAUACUUUAACCAGACGGACACAGACUGCUCGAUAAAUUCCUGCCCUGAACUGUUAAGAAAAGAUCUUGAGCUCAUGUUCCCCUCAGCGCCCACCUCCUCCAUCACGGUAGUGACGGUCACUCAGAGUAACAGUUGGUGUGAGGAGGCAGCAGAGCUGGACAGAGACCAGCUGCUCCACAGAUUUGUGAGCGGAGCAAAGGAAAUGUGUUUCGCUCUGUGGACUGCAGGCUACUGGGCAGACUUCAUCGACCCAACAACAGGAGAAGCUUUCUUUGCAUCUCCAUCAAGUCAACCCAAACUGCGGACAGAGGAUGAACUGAGAGAUUUGGGUUUCCACAUCGAGGUGUCGGGCUCCUGCACAGUUAUUCGCCACAUCCUGAGAGGAACACCUUUGUUUGUGGGGACUGUUUUCACCAAUGCACCCACUCACAGUGCUGCUAUUGCAAGACUACAAGGACUUUCAAAUGUACUUGCUGAUGAAGAAUAGGCUUUUUUAAAUUUAAUAUUCCACGGAACUAAAUCCAAACAAAGCCUCUAUUUAUGGGUUGAAGAAGCUUGGAUCUUGAUAUAUGGUAGUGUCGGUACACUGUUGUAUCAGUGAAAGGUUGUGAAAAGUUUGUCUUACUGUAACAAGGACUCGACUGAGACCCUAAUAUAGACAUUGAUGCUGUGUCUAACUGACAAGAGGUCAACCUGCACAACAUCCAGAGAGAAACACACACUCGCUGCUGUGAGAAGAGUUCUGACGACAAAUAAAAGGCAUUUCAGCAUGUAGUGUGAAAAGUUUGUAGACAAUGUUGACACUGUAGACGGUGACAUCUGUGUUUUAUGAUAUUUGAACCACAGAUGUGAAAUGAAAAAACCCACUUAUCAGGUCAAUAACUUUUCAUACAAACAUGUACAGUGUUGAUUUUUUGUUUGUUUUUUUGUUGCUCAUAAUGUAAAGAAAUGGAUUCUUUUUCAGUUCAAGCACUACAGUUGUGACAGAACUGCUGCAAAUAAAGUGACUUCUCAUCAGGC